GUGUUUUUCUUAGACUUUGUCACAUGGCGGGCCUUUGGAGAUCUUAUCAGGCACUGAUGGCCAAACAUCCAUGGACACUGCAGAUUAUAACUGCUGGCUCUCUGGUGGGUGUGGGUGAUGUCAUCUCCCAGCAGCUGAUUGAGCGCCGUGGACUGGCCAAUCACAGCGCGAGACGCACCACCAAGAUGAUGAGCAUUGGCUUCUUCUUUGUUGGUCCAGUAGUCGGUGGAUGGUAUAAGGUGCUGGACAAACUUGUUACUGGUGGUACUAAAAGUGCAGCUUUGAAGAAAAUGCUUGUUGACCAGGUGGGCUUUGCUCCGUGUUUCUUGGGUGCUUUUCUGGGAAUUUCCGGAGCACUCAAUGGACUGACCGUGGAAGAGAAUGUGGCCAAACUCAAGAGGGACUACAUGGAUGCCUUGAUCUCCAAUUACUAUCUUUGGCCUCCGGUGCAGAUCGCCAAUUUUUAUUUCAUCCCUCUCCACCACAGAUUGGCUGUUGUUCAGAUCGUGGCUGUUGCCUGGAACUCUUACCUCUCCUGGAAAGCCAAUAAGAUGUAAUGAGAUGUCCCAGAUUGACCACUACCUCACACACGGGAACAUGUUUGUUUGUAGUUUUUUAACAGUUAAUCUUUAUCAAAUAAAUGUAGUAACCUACUCACACAUAGGCACAAAGCUUACAGUUUUCUCAACACAGGUCAAAUUUGACAGUAACGUAAUUCAGACCUCUGACAUUUUAUUAACCUUUGAAAUUAACACUUGAAUUUUUUGUGCAAUAUAGAUUCUGUAAAGAAUGUAUAUUAAUUCAAUACAUUUGAUUUAAUCAAAUUUUUUACCAAUGUUUAGAUGGUGAAUUCUGGUUUGUCAAUAACUAAGAACAGCAGGCCUGUUUGUUACAGGAUGUGACUCCAUUUUGAGUCUUUUUUUUUUUUGUGUGUGUCUUCUGUGGUCACAGUGAUUAAGUUCAGGAACAUGUGAUUGACAGACAUGUGAAGUUAUGGAUGUUACGUCUUCUAUUAGGGCAUUGCAUUGAUUAACACAAUACAAUGCUGUGUAUAAAAUACAUCUUUCACAGAAGCCAGAACAUUAAUUUCCUUUAUU